AUGGAUAUUCAAGUUUGUAAUGUUUUUGAAACGCGUCAAGGUAAACGGUGUAUACAUGUAGAUAAUUUUAAAUAUAGCGAAUAUUGAACUUUAAAAUCUUGAGGUACAAAUUUUAGAGAUACAAAUAAAAAUAUUCCCCGAGUGUUUUAAUCAAUAAAUCAAAUCAAAUUUUAAAAAUGACAAACACGCGUAAUCACUGCGAGUGUGAUAAGCAAACAAUGAUUAGAGAAAUAGUAAGAAGCAAUUUAAAACGUAGAACCGAAAACAAUUUACACAUUAAAUCAUAUAAACUAAUACGAAGAGAAUUGCAAAAUACUGAAAACUUUGAAAAUUUGCAACAUAACAAUAUGAAAUUAAUGCGAAGAUCCAUGUAUGAAAGCCGAAAAAAAUAUUUUCCAAAUCUUUAGAAGAUGCUAGAAAACAAUUAAUUGAUGUUCAACAUAAUCUUAUUUAUAAAGGUAAUAAGUUUUGUUUUGCUAAUAACGAUGAAAAUCUUUUUAUAUUUACAUGUAAACAUUUUUUAAAAUUGCUAAAAUGUGCAGAACACGUUUUUGGAAACGGGACUUUUUCUUACGCUUUUGUUCAAAAUUAUGCUAUCCACGUAUAUAUAAACAAUUUCCAUGUUCCUGUGACUUUUUUUUUUAAUAAUAAACAUAUUGAUACUUACAUUAAUACGUGGUAAACAUUACAAAAUAUAUGUAUUAAAAUUACUUGUAAUAGAAUAAAUGUCAGCAAUUUUCAUGCUGACUUUGAAAAAGCAGCGAUUAAUGCAGUAAUGCACAUUAUUCCUCUGGUUGCGAAAUUGGAUGUUGUAAUUUCCAUUUAGGACAAAAUUGGUUUAAAAACAUUCAACUCAAAAUAUUAUUAAGUGGAUACAAAAACAAUGAUUCUGAAAUUGGUCAAUGGAUGAACAGUUUUCAUGGACUGAGUUAUUUGCCUCCUGAAGAAGUUUCAGAUGAAUUUUGUGAACUUAUGUCGAUAUCACCUAGUAUAAAGUCUAGUACUACUUUUAAGUUUUCCGAUUAUAUUUUAGAAAAUUACAUUGAUUUGGACAGCAAUUUUCCUCCGAAAUUAUGGGACUGUGAACCUAUUAAUAAUCCCAAAACUACUAAUGGUGCAGACCCUACCUACUAUUACUGCUUAUUAAUAGACAAUAGUAUACUUAAUUAA